AUGGGCAAACGAGCAGUCCAUGCUCCCGUCUUGGGAGAGCACGUCUCGGGCCAGUCCAACAAGCCCCUUUCUCUACCUCCCCACAGCUUGACAAGCCAACAAGUCCUCGACGAACUUCGCAGCAAUGCAGCUAUAGGUCUUGCACCCGAAGAAAUUGCCCAGCGGUUGGAGGAGAUGGGACCGAACGAGCUGGAGCAAAAGAAGGGCGUCCAGCCCGUCAAGAUCUUUCUUGAACAAGUCUUUAACGCAAUGACUUUGGUACUUGUUUUGGCGUUAGCUGCGAGCUUCGGCAUCCAGGCUUGGAUCCCGGGAGGUAUUCUGGCCGGCAUCAUCAUCCUCAACAUCUUCAUCGGCUUCUUCCAGAGUCUUCAGGCUGAAAAGACAAUCGACUCUCUGCGAACUCUCGGCACGCCCAACUGCAAGGUCUUUCGCGGCGGCAAGACAAUCACCAUUCAGACUUCUGAUGUCGUCCCUGGAGAUAUCGUCGACUUGGCUACUGGUGACUCGGUUCCUGCUGAUAUUCGACUCAUUGAGGCUGUCAACCUUGAAGCUGAUGAGGCUCUUCUUACUGGAGAGUCGGUGCCUAUCCUCAAGAUCCCCAAGUUGACGUUUGAUGCCGAUACCGGCCCUGGCGACCGUCUCAACGUCGUGUACAGCUCGUCCACCAUCACCAAAGGCCGUGGUCGCGGUGUAGUGUUUGCUACUGGUAUGUUCACCGAGAUCGGCCUCAUCGCCGGAGCCCUCAGCAGUACCGGAGCCGACCUCAAGGGGUACCGUGACGACACCCAGCGUUCAGCAGCCCUCAAGGUGUGGGAUGUUGUGCGCGACUGGAUGGGCGAGUUUCUGGGUCUCACAGUCGGCACGCCUCUGCAGAAGAAGCUCUCGCAGCUGUUCCUGUCCCUCUUCGUCUUCGCCAUCGUGUGCGCCAUCGUCGUGCUCGGGGCCAACAGCUUCGACUCGCGCAGGGAUGUCAUCAUCUACGCCAUCACGACGGCCAUCGGAACUAUCCCCGUGUCUCUGCUGCUCGUCCUUACCUUGACCAUGGCGGCCGGCACAAAGAAGAUGCUUGAGCGACAUGUCAUUGUCCGAAACCUCUCCAGUCUCGAGGCCCUGGGCGGUGUGACGAACAUCUGCUCCGACAAGACCGGGACCAUCACCCAGGGGCGCAUGGUGGUACGAAAGGCAUGGGUUCCGGGCUGUGGAACAUACUCGGUCGAGGCGACGAGCGAGGUGUACAACCCCACGGCCGGUCAGGUCCUUCUCGAGGGCUCCGAGCCCAGACAGGCUACUGAGGAGAAGGGCGAGGGGUCCCCUAUCUCUCCCCACGACGAGGUGGCCUCAAACCACAGCCUGCAGUGGUAUCUCAACGCCGCGUCCCUGGCCAACCUGGCUACCGUCGAGCAGAGCGACAGCAGCUCCGCCAACCCAGGCGAGUGGAAGGCCAAGGGUGCUCCCACAGAGAUUGCCAUCGAGGUGUUUGCUGGUCGCUUUGGUUGGAACAGGCUGGAGCUUACCCAGGGCCAAAAGGCUGAGUGGAAGCAUGUCGCCGAGUAUCCCUUUGAUUCGGAUGUGAAGAAGAUGACGGUUCUCUUUCACAAUAUCAAGUCGAACGAGACUCAUGUUUUUACCAAGGGCGCCGUUGAACGAGUUAUCUCUUCGUGCAAGUCCAUCGCCAUCGGCGACAGCAUCCAACCUCUCACCUCAGAAAUCAGCCAAGACAUCCACCUCAACAUGGAAGCUCUGGCAAGCCAAGGUCUACGCGUUCUUGCCCUCGCCCACAAGGUCAACAGCCGCGUCGUCUCCGAGUCCGAGUUUGUCGACGACAUCGUUCCCAACCGCGACCUCUUUGAGCGAGACCUCAUCUUCCGAGGCCUCAUCGGCAUCUACGACCCUCCUCGUCCAGAGUCUCUUCCGAGUGUCCGCGCUUGUCAAGGAGCCGGUAUCGUCGUCCACAUGCUCACGGGAGAUCACCCUCAGACUGCGCGCGCCAUCGCCAUCGAUGUUGGUAUCCUUCCUUCUCCUGAACAUACUCGGCUGCUCCCUGCAGAUGUGGCUGAGACAAUGAUGAUGGCUGCCCAUGAGUUCGACGCCCUCACCGACGCCCAGAUUGACGACAUGCCUCAGCUCCCUCUUGUGGUAGCUCGUUGCGCCCCGAGCACAAAGGUCAGGAUGAUCGAGGCCUUGCACCGCCGUCAGCGCUACGUCGCCAUGACUGGUGAUGGCGUUAACGAUAGCCCGAGUCUGAAGCGAGCUGAUGUGGGCAUCGCAAUGGGAACUGGUUCAGACGUGGCCAAGGAAUCAUCAGACAUCAUUCUCACGGACGACAACUUUACGUCUAUUCUCAACGCCAUCGAGGAAGGUCGUCGCAUCUUUGACAACAUCCAAAAGUUCAUCUUACACGUCUUGGCCGCCAACAUUGGCUUUGUCGUGACGCUUCUCGCCGGCCUCGCUUUCAAGGAUAAGAAUGGUGUCUCGGUGUAUCAACUCACACCCGUCGAGAUCAUCUGGAUGCUCAUGGGCACUGGCGCCUUCUGCGAGACUGGCCUUGGCUUUGAAAAGGCUGUCCCUGACAUCCUCAACCGACCCCCUCAGAAUCUCAAAUACGGCGUCUUCACCCCCGAGUUCCUCGUCGACAUGGUCGUCUAUGGCACCAUCAUGGCCGGCUGUGUACUAGGCUCCUUCACUAUCGUUAUCUUUGGCUUUAGUGAUGGCAACCUUGGCGAGAACUGCAAUAGCGAUUAUUCAGAGGCAUGCGAUGCCGUCUACCGCGCUCGCGCCACAUGCUUCACUACCAUGACCUGGAUCUUCCUCCUCUUCGCCUGGGGUCUUAUCGACUUCCGUCGCUCGCUCUUCUACAUGCCCAAGGGAUUCAAGGCCUGGCUGGCUCAUCUCUGGGGUAACCAGUUCCUGUUCUGGGCCGUCUUUGGUGUCUUCUUUACUGUAUUCCCCGUUCUUUAUAUCCCCAAGCUGAACCAUGUCGUGUUCCAGCAUACGGGUAUCAGCUGGGAGUGGGCUGUGGUGUUUAUAGACGUCAUCGUCUUCAUGACUCUGUCCGAGGCCUGGAAGUGGGCCAAGCGCAUCUAUUUCCGACGACAGUCCUUCCAGAGGGAGGGAGAGUGGAACGAGGGAGUCCAGGCUGAGGUUGAAGUGUAG